UCAAUCCACUUCUGUUUGUGGGACGCUGCUGAUUGGUCAAUGUGUACUUCGCAACCUGUGAUUAUUUUACUACUUGUUUUGUUUCUACAGAUUGGAAGCAUCAGACUCUGCAGCCAUGACGAAGCGAGCAGCAGAGGAGUUGAUUGAAAUAGGAAUAGAUGGUGAGGAGAAGAGGCAUUGUACAGAGGAAAGCAUUGAGGAACAGACCACCAUCACUACGGCAGAGUUUGUGAGCCAGUCAAUCGAUAUCAAUGAGCCCGUCGGAAACCUCAAGAAGCUGCUGGAGCCACGUCUUCAGUGUUCUUUGGAAGCGCAUGAGAUUUGCCUCCAAGACAUUCAGGUAGGGUGA